UAAAAAAUACCGUGAUCACAGUUGUUAGUAUAAUUUGCAUUCUCGAUCAUUUCGCUGAGGGCGUGCUCUCACUUGAACCGAAUCGGCGACUAAACAAGAUGGCGACUAAUUUUGAGCGUUCAAAUAUGCGUCUCUCAAUGAGAGAGAAAUCGCUUGACAGAAGAAAAAUCAACAAAGAACACAAUAGCAAUUUCCGAGCUGGUUAUGUUCAUGUUUAUGAAGAACAUCUGCAUAAAACCGGUUUACGUGGACGGAAACGAUACCUGGCCUAUAUUUUGCUUGCUAUUUUGUUCCUCAUAGUCAUAGCAAAUUUUAUUAUCACUAUAAUGAUUCUGUGUGUUCUACAAAUUGAUCACACUGGGAUGGAAACAUUGGAGUUUAUGCCAAGUGGAUUACUAAGAUUUGUUUAUGGUGGUGACAUGGGUAGUAUACAUCCUAUAGACAGUACUAUUGGUAGCUAUGUCAGCCAGGAUUUAGAUCUCAUAGGUGAUACACAGGCUGUUAUUAUGCAACAGAAACUCAGUGACAACAUAAGAGGUGCUUCAGGUAAUAUGCAAAUCACGUGUAUCAGGUGA